AUGGCAGCGACCUCGCCAUCCAUCGUUGAUCGAUUAAAUCAUGUUGCGCGAAGUGGCUCGAAGAUGCCCCUUAUAUCACCUACCUCGCAAUCCUCGCCCGAAUACGAGCUCGAAUACCUACAACCGGGAUCAGACAACUCAUCGCGUCGGGCGGACAAACAUGCCAGUGCAGACGUGUCAGAGCGUACAAGGUUUCGCUCGCCGAUUACACUAGCACACAAAUCGCCUGCCAGUAGAAGGGACAAUUCUGCAGGCUCAUCCUACAAGAGAGGACCAAGAUUCAUGUUCUCCGGUCCGCCUCCUCCCAUUUCCUCGUCUAUGAUGAUCGCCCCUCAACCUUCCAACCUACCGUCCCUCAAACACGAACAAAAUCGGGAUUCCUACGAGAUACGGCAAACGACGAGAACAAACAUUGGUCGAACUAUUUUUGAACAGAGAGCGCAUGAGAGUAUCAUGUACAAUCAACAACCAGAUACCGCCUGGCGUGGCAUCAGACGUCGCGAAAGUGCUCUAGAGGUCGACAUUCAACAACUGUUGGACUCUCAAGUUGAGGGUUUAGUAGCUGGUAGCAAGACCCAAGAUGUCACAUUUACUACUAAAGAUCUUGACUGCUACAGUGAUACAGGAAGUAGUACACCGACGGGGACAUUUUAUUCCACGGCGACAUCAAAAUCUCAAAUGCCCAGGAGCUUGUACAUACCCCCAGUAUCAACCCUAGAAGGCAAUAUCGUGCCAGUGCGACAACCUGCCCAAAGGCGACUCUCAGGGCUGAAGUCCGCUAGGAAUGGCUUGAGUAGAGCCAUCCUCUCGUUGAUACAGUUACGGAUGGAGGAAAGCGAUCAAAUCGACACAGCCAUGGCGGAGCGCCAGAGUGCUCUUGCGCAACUCAGUAAGCUUGCCACAAGACGUCUCGGCAUACAGUCGGAGUUGGCAGCGUUCGACGGUGAUGAAGAAGAGCCCUUGGGGAAGCAGCUCCGGGAACUGAGCGCAAGGUACGGUUCUGUGAAUCAAGAGAUCAGCAUGCUUGAACAAAGGCUUGUGAAACUUCGAAAUCAACGCCGGUCGCUCAAGGACAAAAUCGAUGAUGCCAACGGCAAGAGAGAAGCAGGCUUGAGUGGAUAUCGAGGGGCCUUGAAGGAUGUGGAUUCGGAGCUCACCAUUCUUGUACGGCGACCUCCUGUCUUACCACUCGACCCGGGCGUGUUUGACAAAGACGACGGCGACUUAUGCGAUGAGAUUGCUUUGACUGGUGGACUGGAGUAUUUGCGACUCAACCCUGAACGUCGCACAGAGGAAAUGGCCAAGUCGUGGUGGGAAGCUGAGCUUGCGAUCCUACAGAAGCGCAAGAAACAAGUUGGCGAAGACCACCAAGCGCUAGAAGAGGGUGCUGCACUGUGGAAUGAUGUCGUUUCUUUGGUUUCUGAUUUCGAAUCAGGGCUUCGACGCCUGCUGAAGGAAGGCGGCACUUCCAAGCCGACUGUUAAGGGUAAGGAGAAAGUACCCACACGAGAUGAUCUUAUGCAAGCUCAGUUGAAGGAUAUGAGUGGCGUUCUCAAAGAGUUGGAACAGGCUAUGCGGCAAGCCGAAAUACAUGGUUGGAAUCUUCUUAUAUGUGCUAUUGGUGCCGAGUUGGAGGCAUUCAGAGAAGCUCAAGAUAUCCUUAUCAGUAUGUUAGCUUCCCAAGGUCUAGGUGGAGAGUUAGCAACGCGCAGUGAGGUAAGUAUAGGAGAAGAGCCUGAUGUGAUGGACCGGCGCGACGAUGUGCCCGAAGGUGGCAAUGGUGACGCUUCAGCGGAUCUAAUCCGGCCAUGCUCUAAUCAACUGGACCAAUCCGGAACUCCAAUAAUCCAAGAAGAUUCACUGAAAAGUUUGCACACAGACGGCGACGGUGAUCAUUCUCGGAGUCAGGAUAGCGAGAACGAGGUACCGCUCGAAUUUCUGGCCGAACAUGAUUAG